AAUGCUUAAAACAAAAAAGAAACGCACCCGUUCAGCAACAGCAUGUACAAACUGUCGAAGUAUGAAGGUUCGCUGUGAUGUAGUGAAUCUUUUUCCUAGCAAAUGUUCUCGUUGUGAAAAGGCAAAGGUGUUUUGUGAACUUGAUCGACAGAUCCGAAAGGUUACCUCACCUCCUUCAUCAAACACCACCUCACAGGAUAUCAUGGUAUCAUCUUCUUCAUCACAUAGUACAAUCAAUGACAAUAACAACAACAACAACAACAACAGCAGUAUCAACCAAUUAACCACAACUGUUACUCGCCCUUCUUUGGAUACAGAUGAACAACCUGGAUCACCUCGAGCUACUGCGGUAGAAUCAACAGCAACAACAGCAGCAACAACAGCAACAAUAAACAUGACCUACAAUACACCGAUUCAGGACCAAGUAUUACCUGAUGGUACCAAGAUUCAAGCUACUUUGAUUGCGCAGCUAUUUGAUUUAUUUAUGAAGCACCAAUAUCGAUACCUUCCAAUUUUUCCAAAACGAUACUUGACACCUUCUUUUUUACUAAUGAAAGCCGAUGCAGCAGUUAUCACACCAAACGGUCAAGCAACAGUGCCAAGUACGAUUUCACCUGUAUUAUUCUGGACUUUAUGUGCUGUUGCAUGUCCCAUGGCAUUCCAACAACAAUUGAUCUCUCAAACUACUUGGGAUGCUAUUGUUCAUCAUACACGACAAUUACUUCAAAAACACAGCAUGGUGACCCAUUAUGUCCUUCGACCAUUUACAGCCUUGGCUCAUAUCUAUGCACUGGUAGUGAUUUGUGAAUGGCCACUCCCACACCGUACAUCACAAGAAGAUUUGACUUGGAUUUACUCUGGACAAGCGAUUCAUAUUGGUUUGCUAGUGGGAUUACAUAAAUCUUGGUUCAAAUCGGAAUUCGUGAUAAUGGAUAAUGACAACAAUAAAUACGAAGCAAGUAGUACUAUUGGUGGCGAUGAUGAUCAACAACAAAGAAAAACGACAAGAAUGGAAAUAGAAAAAAGAAGGGAUCAAUCAAGAGCAAGAAUGCAUGCUUUGAUGUGGAUGGCUUGUUUUCAUGUGAAUCAAAGAUUGGCUACUGUGUAUGGUGUACCAGCAACAGCGACUUUGGAUUACUCUUUAUUGGCAAGGUUCGACAAGGAUUUGAAGGAUUGUAUGCAUCAAAAAAGAAGCAGAAAACGACAGCGAUCUGAUGAUAGUGUGAACGACGACAAAAAAGAGGAUGACGAUAGUGAUGAUGAACAACUGACUGAAUUUUUGAAACAAGUGCAUAUAUUACAUACACUAAAUCGAUGUAUCAACACUCUUGGAAUCGACACUGACGCAACCCAUGACUAUACACCAUUGUCAACAGCUAGCAAUUCCCAACAGUCAUCAUCAAAUGGUAUGGUAGAUCCAAAAUGUCGACGGAUUAUACAUUCAAGCUUGGAGGCGUCACUAUCACAACUUGGUGUGGAUUAUUCUCCCAUGUCACCAAUGACGGAAUUGAUCUAUCUUCAUGCCAAAGUUCAACUUCAUUCUUUCCUAUUGGCCCCAGAUUCUUUGGAUCGUGACAAGCGGUGGGUGGUGAUGCCUAUUUCCAUUGUGUGUAUGCAAAUUAUUCAACUGGUGGAACGAAUGUUGGUGGAUGCAAGCGAAGAACAACAAGAUCAACAGCAAAUGAAAAGAUUAGUGAUCUGCCUGAGUUGGCCCAACUUUGUGUCAAGAACAUUGAUGAUUAGUUUGUUGAUCCUGUUACGAUUAUCAACUUCAGUAUACAAGUCAUGGAUUGAUCAAGAUGCGGCGGAAAAGGCAAUGGUUCAAGGACGACUUUUGUUGGAGAAGAUGUCCUGGAGUGAUACAUGUCCUGCGGCUAGGGCUGUACGUGUUGUAGAUGGUUUAUCAAAAAUGGUCGAAAUGGGUGCCUUAUCAGAGAUGGAUGAUAUGUGUUUUGCUCAGUCAAGAUUAGGGUCUGGAUUCUGGGGGAUUAUGAUGGAAUACAAGAAAUGGGCUAUACGACAACAAAAACAACAACAACAACAACAACAGCAACAACAACAACAACAACAACAACAACAGGAACAACAGCAACAACAACAACAACAACAACUACCUAUCGAUACAAUCACAAUACGGAAAAAUGCUUUAUCUACCACUGCUAUGUAUGAUUUGACAACAGAUAGUACUACGCCAACAACAACAUCAUGUACGGAUUUUACAUAUGAUCAAGGAGGCAACUGCAGCAAUGGCGCGAUGAUGUCUUCUUCUACUUCUUCUCCUUCAUCUUGCUGGUCAAGUACCAAUCCUGGAUGUACGAACAAUAUGGGUACUGGAUUACCAUUGUCUUCCUCUUCCGGAAAUGCCGCGAUGUAUGUUACUAGUUUGGAUGACGACGAUUACUUGUUUUGCAACAUUUUCAACUUUGAUGAUCACGACGUAUUGUACAAUUUUGAUGAUUUAUCAUGGUUGGAUUCAUAUACCCCACAAUAAUAUCUAGUUUAUAUUUGUAGCACAUAGAAAAUAUAGAAUCUCC